AUUUAGGAUUAUUUUUACCUUUUUAUAUGGUAAAGCCACGGGCCUUAAAGAUUGGUUGCUAUGUAGAUGGACGAUUUGGAUUCUGAUGGAUCCGGCCCAUCAUCUUGAGUUUUGACUUCUUAUCUCCAUUAAUCAUCAACUUUGUGAGUUUGUGUCUGCUCCACUUAAUUCUCUUUACUUUUCAAUCUAAGCUUCUGUAGACGUAGGAGAUCAAUGGCUGGAGCAGAGCAAAGCCAGAGAUGGAGCCUUAAGGGCAAGACCGCACUUGUAACCGGUGGAACCAAAGGAUCGGUAGAGGAACUUGCAGGAUUCGGAGCAGUGAUACAUACUUGUGCCAGGGAUGAAUCUCAGCUUAAUGAGUGUUUGAGCAAAUGGAAAAAGAAGGGGUUUGAAGUCACUGGCUCAGUCUGUGACGUAUCUUCGAGAACAGAGAGAGAGAACUUAAUGCAGACUGUGUCUUCAAUCUUUGGUGGCAAGCUCGACAUUCUCAUAAACAAUGUUGGAACGAUUCGGCCAAAGCCGACGGUGGAUUGUACAGCAGAGGAUUUCUCGUUUCAUGUAUCAACCAACUUGGAAUCUGCUUAUCAUCUGAGCCAGCUUGCACAUCCUCUGCUUAAGACUUCAGGGUGUGGAAACAUCGUGUUCAUGUCUUCUGUUGCUGGAGUUGUAUCGCUUACUUUUAGCUCCAUCUACUCUGCAACAAAAGUGUGUGACAUAGGAGCGAUGAAUCAGCUAGCAAGGAAUCUGGCAUGCGAGUGGGCUAGUGACGGCAUAAGGGCUAAUGCUGUGGCUCCUGCAGGCAUUGCGACUCCUAUAGUUGGAGCUGUGUAUGAUGAUGAUUUCGUAAAGGCGUUUGUGUCUAGAAAGCCAUUAGGGCGUUUGGGAGAGCCCGAAGAAGUAGCCUCGGUCGUGGCUUUUCUAUGUAUGCCUGCAGCUUCUUACAUAACUGGUCAGACCAUUUGUGUAGAUGGAGGUCUCUCUGUCAAUGGGUUCUCGUAUCAGCCACAAGGUUAAAUCCAAUGUCCCAAAAAACAAACAAAACUCUAACUUGAUAUAAUAAGUUUCAAUGUCGAGACUUGUCACGUACGUUAUAUUGGCUAAGUCACCGCUGAAGCAUAGAGAAGCAGAAUAUAUUGGCUUUU